AUGAAAUUGCUAGCCUGUGCUCUAUUCAUUGUGGCAUGGACCACAUCCUGCCAUGCCCUGAUAGUCCCUGAAGACUGCAAUGAUGCAAGGAUAGAGAAGGAUGCAGGGGUGGCUCUGAAUCUAAUCAAUAAACAUCGCAAAGAAGGCUAUGUUUUUGCCCUGUUCCGUGUUGCUGAUGCUCAGGUCCAACACCUGGAAAACGCAUCCAUAGCAUACCUAACUUUGGAUGUCUUGGAAACGCAGUGUCCUGUAAUAUCCAGAAAACAUUGGUCAUCCUGUGAACAGCGACCAUUCUUAAGUAUAACGGAUUUGGGACAAUGUAAGGCUGUUGUGUAUAUAAAUGAACUUUCCCAAAGAAAACUGCUGUAUGCAUACAACUGCACUAUCAGUCCAGUUCCACCAAAAUUAUAUGAGUGCAAGCGUUGCCCUGUAAGAAUAACAGUUCUAGAGGACACUGAAAGACACACUGAAGAAGCCAACCAGAUUUUAGAGGAAUACAGGCUGGGGAGCAAUGAGUCAAAUUAUUUCAAGGUGGAGAAAGUCCAAAAGGUUUUCAGCGCAGUGGCCAGUCGUACGGUAUUCAUUGUUGAAUUCACCAUAAAAGAGACAAGAUGCCCUAGAAACACCGACCCAACAAGUGUUUCCCAAUGUGAAUUCCUACCUGACAGAAAAGCUAAUCUGGGAUUUUGCAUAGGAAGAAUAGUUAAAGAGACAGGAGCCCCAGAUGUGGUCGCAGUAGACUCCUGUGCAAUCUAUAAUACUCAGAAUCUCAGCACCUUCCAUCACCACCAUCACCAUGACCAUCCUCACUUCCAUCAUGAUUCAGGAGAAGACCAUCAUCAUUGCAACGUCACUGGGCAUGAAUGCAGACAUCCGCUACAUAAACAUCCUCACCAUCAUCAUCGUCGUCGCCCUCAUCAUCAUCACCAUCAUCAUCGUCAUCACCACCACAAUCAUUCUCACUCUCAUGGACACCUCCUCACAUAUAGAGACCAAAAAAUUCUUAGCCAUUAUCAAGAAGGUCCUGCAGGUCCCAGGGACAACCAUAAGUCUGAACAGACUCAAGAGGAGCGUCCUGGCAUUCCCCCUGCUCCAGGACCUCAGUAUCCUCCUCCUCCUCCUGGGGGUCCCCAUCAUUUUCCUCCUAGUAAAUAUCCACCACCACCUCCUGGACCUCCACCUCCCCAACCUUUUCCUCGUAGGCCUGAUGAUCACCGCCGACGGCCCUGUGGGAGGUUUCCUAAAUUUGACCGUCGCUGCCCCCACCAUCAUCACGAGUCUAAUGACACUGCGUGUAAAAGAGAAGAAAGUGGAUCCUCAGAGGAGCAAGAUUCAUUCAUCGCUCAUCAUUCUUUCCAUCGUAGCAGCGUGGACUUGGUCCAUCACGUUCCGAUUUUGAGUGAACACGAUGUCCUCCAAGCUCCUGGCACCAACUUUUUUGACCAUCCCUUGCCUGACCACGGAAGACAUGGAAAACACAUAAUACAACCUUUCCCGGACGUUUCCUCGGGGGCAAAGUCGUGCCCAGGGAAGCCCAAAUAUGAUCUCUUGCCAGGCUUUUUGUCUUUAUUUCCUACACCAUCAGCGCAUUGAAAGGCUUUUCAUGGGAAAGAAAUAAUAUCUGCAUUUAUAUGCGUUGGUUUUAGUUUAAGUUCCCCAUAAAUUGUAAACACGAGAGAGAAAUGUUCUUAUAUGGAGAGCAUAGUUUGUAUAUAAUCUUAGAGUGAUGCAUGGUCUGGAAAUCGUAUUUCAGAUGUUGCAUAAUUUCAUGUGCAAUGACAACCUCUGCCAUCCUUCAAAACAGCCCAUGGUUGUUGUUGUUUUUCAGUCUUUCCAUAAAAAUCUAGAAGGAAGAUUCUAAUGUUUUACGCAGGAGUAAAAUGCUCCCGGUUCAGACCGGAUUGUCCGAUCUGGUAGCGAUGGUGGCAGGUGGUUUGGAGAACCAGUAGCAAAAAUCCCUGCCCCCCCCCCACACCGUGGCCAGCUGAGCUGCACGAUCAU